GGCUUUCAACGUGAGUUCAUUGCCGAUGUAGCCCGUAGCCACAUGGUCAAAAUUUGGCUUGUGUGACACGAAUUGUUGGGAAGAUGAGAGUGUAGCCUAGUAAUUUGAUUAGACCGAAUGAAUGUAAACACUUAAUACUUUUCUAAAAACUCUUACUUAUAUCCGUUUAUAAUCUGCACUUUAACAAACAGGCAUGGGGAAAGCUAAGAAUAAUAAAUUUAAAAGGCCCCGAUUCUCGGCUGGAGGACUCGUGAAGGAAGUUAUGGACAACGAGGAUGAAGUUGAAGUAGAAGUUGAUUCACCUGCUGCAGAACAUUUAGAGAAACUGCAGAGUCCCUGCGCGGACGUGCGUGAGUGUGCGUGUGCGAGCAUCUCUCGGAUGGUGCAGCAGAGCCAGACCAUCCCCAGCUUCCUCCAGCGGGACGCGGUGCGUCGUCUCGGGCCACUGCUGCUCGACCCAUGCGUGGCUGUGCGGGAGACCGCGGCAGGAGCCCUCAGGAACCUGAGUGUGUGUGGGGGUCCCGAGGUGUGUGAGGACAUGGUGAAACAGGACAUCCUAACUCCUCUCACCAAGCUGCUCAGGGAGUGCUGCUCAGGUUUUGACGUGAGCCCUUCACAGAAGAACUCUAAGAGCACAGUGGAGGACGUGGCCAAUGAGGCCGUCAACCUGCUCUGGAACCUGUGUGAGAACAGCAGUCGGGCCGUAUCAGUGUUUAAUAAAGCAGGGCUGUUGGACGUGCUGGUUUUGUGCCUGGAGAGACAUGAGCAGAAGGUGGAGCUAGCGCUCUCUGCUGCCCAUUGCUUACACACGGUGACUGAGGAGAACGCAGAGCUGCUGGGGAGCGUGAGCGUGGCCGUGUUGUCAGCGCUGGAGGCGGUGCUCCUCUCCACACAGUCCGACAUGCAGCACACACUCCUGCGCACGCUGGCCGCUGGCUCGUUGUGGAACCUGAAGAACAGCAUCCCCGCGGGGCGGCAGGCCCAGACGCUGAGCGCCCUGGUGGCCACUCUCUCCGCCAGCCUCGACCUGGACGCCGGCGCGCUGAUCCCAGACCUGCUGCAGGCCGAGGUCGCCCGCCUCGCCAUCGCCGCCGACACCAGCGACACCGCCGGGGCACAGGGAGCGGAGGAAGAAGAUCAUCAUCAUCAUCAUCAUCAUCAUCAGGCCAACGGAAGAGAGGAGGUGGAGAUGGAGGAGGAGAUGGAGGAGGAGAGGAUGAACGGAGGGAAGACGGGGAAUCAAGAUAAAGACAUCUCUGACCUGCUGCCGCGGGGAAAAGAGGAGCUGAGAAAGGCCGCAGCACUGCUCUUGGCUCAGCAGACGUCUCUGGAGGUCAUCGUCAACAUGUGCUGCUCCGAAGACCCCUCUGAUGAUGAGUGGGAGGAGACGUCCAGCAGUGACGAGAGUGAGGCCUGUGCUGAUGGUGUGGGGGAAGGUGGCCUGCAGUCUCCUCUCUGUCUGUCUGCUGAGGUCUACAGUGCCCUCAUACACCACAAUGUCCCGCAGAAGGUCCUGAAGAAGGCAGAGUUCCCCAGUCCUGCUGCUGUUGAUGCCUGUCAGAGGAAUGCAUCCUGGAGGAGUCUGAUUAGAAAAAUGCACCGUGUUCAGUGUCGGGCCCUCACCUGUCUCCACAACAUCCUGGCUGCCAUGGAUACGGAGUCUCUUGGCGGAACAGCAGGUCUGCAGACAGUGGCCCAGCAGCUGGCCAGCUUAGUGUUCAGCUCUGCAGAGGUCGUCAAGGAGGAGGAGUUUCUGGAGGCAGUGACCAGUGCCUUGCGUUCACUGCUGCAGAUCAUGGCCUCCAAAAACAUCCCACAGUGUAUGAGUCCUCAGCAGCUGAUGAGUGUGUGUGAGGCGGCCACUCGCUGUGACGUGGUGAGCGUGAGGGUAAAUGCUCUGGCCAUCCUGGGGAUCACAGGAAGCACGCUGGCCAAGGAGACCGGCUCAUCAGACACACUACAGAUGAUUGGGACAGCCCUGCUCUCAGUGGCCUCAAAGGACCCAAACCUGGUGGUGUGUGGGGAGGCUCUGGACGCGCUGUUCGACGUGUUCGCUGACGGAGACGAGGCUGAGAAGGCUGCCAGGAAUAUCCGCCUGCUAACCUCCCUCAAGGCCCUGCAGCCUGUCUUCAAAGCCAAGCUGCGUAAGGAGGGCCGAGGGAACUACAGCCCGGAGCAGCUGUGUGUGCUGGACAACAUCAAGGUGAACCUGCGCAGGUUCAUCGGCUACCUGGAGACCCUGGAGAGGAAGUGACCUCACCACACUCCACUUUCGCCUACCUGAUGAACUGACCUCUGGGUGACCUUUAAGUGACCUAACAAUGUCAGACUUGGGAGUAGAGGACACCGAAACUGCUCAUCCCAGCAUUCUGUCAACUCUGGACAUUUACUAAAACACCCACAAUGAUCUGACUGUUUUGUUUGGGUCUCUCUUGUUUGAUGGAGAAAAUUAAUGUUUUUUAUUAUUUUGAAGCGUGUUUAAAAAGUAUAUUUUAUGGAAGACUAAGAGGGAUGAUGCGGUUCCAUGUAUCAUGUUUGGGAUUUAAACUUAUUUUAUAAAUUCAAAUGAAGGCAUGACAAUGGCCAAUCUUAUUUUACAGCCAUAUCCAGACAUGUAUUACUGUGACAGGGACAAAAAAAAAAAACUCUGUUCAAACCAAUGAAAUCUUUGUGUUAUUUACCUGUAGUUCUGUUGGAACCCAAGGGUCCCAUAUCAAUAUUAACAUGUAGCUUGGGGAACACUCACACUCACAGUAGCGUUGACCGGUAGGGGAGUGCAGGUUAAGUUACCGGUCAUCAUCUUACCUUUAAUCAUGGUCAAACAAAACUGAACCGGACAUUUUCCCACUCUAAUGUGAGGCCAUUUGUAUGAUACUGGAUGUUGAUGUAUGCAAUCACUGAUAAAAGUGAAAACUGUCACCAACAACAUGCCUUGCUCUUCACUUAAAGUUAACACUGUUAAAACUGAAUAUAACAAUUAUUGGCAAUUUCUAGUUUUUUUUUUUAUGUUCUCUUACAUGCAGUACUCCACAGGGAACUGUUGUAUCUUAGUUUAUAGUUUCCUUUUGAUUCUAAUUUGUGGGCCAACAUGUAGAAAUGAGUCUGGUGCUGUCUGCCUGUGUGUGUAUGUAAAGUGUUUUUUCUCUUUAAAAGGUUUCACAAAGUU